AUGGUCCGACAUUGUGUUAUAUGUAAUAAAGAACGCGCGGCUGUAAAAAGACCUAAAACAGGACAAAAAGUUUGUAGGGAAUGUUUUUAUUAUGUAUUUGAAACGGAAAUACAUAAUACUAUUAUAGAUAAUAAACUAUUUAAAAAAAAUGAUAAAGUUGCCAUUGCGGCUUCUGGAGGAAAAGAUUCGACUGUAUUGGCUCAUGUUAUGAAACUUUUAAAUGAAAGAUAUCAAUAUGGAUUAGAGAUGUUUCUUUUAUCAAUUGAUGAAGGGAUAACUGGUUAUAGGGAUGAUUCAUUAGAGACAGUGAAGAGGAAUCAGCAGCAAUACGAAUUACCUCUAAAAAUUGUUUCUUAUAGCGAAUUAUAUGGAUGGAGUAUGGAUCAAAUUGUAAAGGAAGUUGGAUUGAAAAAUAAUUGUACUUUUUGUGGUGUAUUUAGACGUCAAGCAUUAGAUAGAGGAGCUGUUAUGCUUGAUGUGGACCAUAUCGUAACAGGACAUAAUGCCGAUGAUAUUGCCGAAACAGUUUUAAUGAAUAUUUUGAGAGGAGAUAUAGCAAGGCUUCAAAGGUGUACAGAGAUAUGUACGACUGGGGACGGAUGUGUACGACGAUCCAAACCUUUUAAAUACACUUAUGAGAAAGAAAUCGUCAUGUACGCGUAUUUUAAGAAACUUGAUUAUUUUUCAACAGAAUGUAUAUAUUCACCUAAUGCAUACAGAGGUCAUGCUAGGACAUUUUUAAAGGAUUUAGAAGUUAUCAGACCUAGCGCUAUUAUUGAUAUUAUACAUUCAGGAGAAGCAUUUGAAGUUAAAAAAGAAGUAAAAUUACCCACUCAGGGAGUGUGUAAGAGAUGCGGAUAUAUGUCAAGUAAUGAAUUAUGUAAAGCAUGUGUACUAUUAGAAGGAUUAAAUAGAGGUUUACCAAAAAAAGUUCAUGGAGAUAUGCCGCGAGAUACAGCUAUAAUACCUCAUUUUAAUAGAAUUCAAGUUAGCAAGGGCAAUUAUGAUGAUAGCAAUAAACCUAUCGAAGAGUCAAAAAGCAACAAUAAAAUUGAUCAAGGAUAA